AUGGAUAGGACACGAGUGGCCAAGCCUUCUGCACGCUCCGCACAGCCCCGACAGUUUCGAGACAGUUAUCUUCGAUUCGUCUACGGUGCCGAGACUUCACCUUCGUAUGCUUCUACUUCGCGACCUCCACCUCCCGAGCAAGGGUUGAAUGGGUGGGCGUUGUACGAUCCUCGCAAGGAAUGGCGCCGACAGGGCGUGGGAAUUGAGGGUAGCAAUGCUGGCUGGCGCAUAUCGAAUAUAAACGCUGACUAUAGUUUUUCUCCCACUUAUCCCGAAGUACUCGUUGUUCCGUCUACUAUAUCCGACAACACUCUCAAUUACGCGGGAAGAUACCGCUCAAGAGCCCGGAUUCCGGCGCUUACAUAUCUCCAUCCCGUGAACAAUUGCUCAAUCACCAGGAGCUCGCAGCCAUUAGUCGGGGUGCGUCAAAAUCGAAGUAUUCAGGAUGAGAAGUUAUUAGCGGCGAUCUUUACCACCUCUCAAGCAGAGAGACCAUUGGUUGGGUUUACACCUCCUAAUCUUGAACCAGAAUCCACCAAUUCAAGCUGGGAAGAGAAUCCUUCAGGUCACCAAGACUAUGAACUGACGAAUGCGGAGGAACUGGAGGAUGAGGUAGUUUCCACUGCCCGUGGAGAUCAACAGGAGAGACCAUCGGUGUACGGAGCUCAGCAGCGCAAUCUCAUCGUCGAUGCUCGACCAACAGUCAACGCUUUCGCAAUGCAAGCGGUGGGGCUUGGGUCCGAAAAUAUGGACAAUUAUAAGUUUGCAACUAAAGCUUAUCUGGGCAUUGACAAUAUUCACGUGAUGAGAGAUUCCUUGAACAAGGUGGUGGAAGCGUUGAAGGAAUCCGAUGUCACCCCAUUAGGGCCUAGCAGGGAAUUACUUGCGAAAAGCAAUUGGUUAAAGUAUAUCUCGGUAAUACUGGAGGGCGCUAGUCUGAUUGCUCGCCAGGUCGGGAUUCAGCAUUCUCAUGUUCUCAUUCAUUGUUCAGAUGGGUGGGAUCGUACGAGUCAGCUCAGCGCACUCAGUCAGAUUUGUCUGGAUCCCUAUUAUCGUACUAUGGAAGGCUUCAUGGUGCUAGUUGAGAAAGACUGGCUCUCGUUCGGGCACAUGUUUCGUCAUCGAGCAGGUCUCUUGAACAGCGAAAAGUGGUUUCAGAUUGAGAAUGAAAGAAUAGGUGGUGGUGACACAAACCGAUCCUUUGGCGAAUCUAGCGAACCCAGAAAAGCCCUAGAAAACGCCUUUCUCAGCGCGAAGAACUUCUUCAACCGCGACAACACUAGCCGAGACUCUCUUGUUGACUCGGAUGGCGAGUUACCAAGCCAUGAUAGUGACAGUCCAUUGCGGAAACCGAGCUCAAUGCCCCGGUCCGCAGUCAGCGAGAAGGAAACAACCAAAGUCAAGGAAACCAGUCCCGUCUUCCAUCAAUUUCUUGACGCGACAUACCAGCUUCUUCACCAGUAUCCGAACCGGUUCGAAUUCAACGAGCGCUUCCUACGCAGACUUCUGUACCAUCUUUAUUCGUGCCAAUACGGGACUUUCCUCUUUAACAGUGAAAAGGAGCGGGUGGAUUCCAACGCAAAGUCUAGAACGCGGAGCGUUUGGGAUUAUUUCAUGGCUCGCAGGGAGCAGUUCACGAACCUAAAUUAUGAUCCUUUGGUCGAUGACAAGCAGCCUGCACAUGAACGACUCCUUUUUCCUCGUUUGAAUGAAGUCCGCUGGUGGAGCGAAGCGUUUGGGCGGACCGAUGCCGAGAUGAACGGGUCAAGAUCGACUUCAAUGACGACUUUCCCUCGGUCCGGCCAAAACACUCGGGGAAGCAGCCCUAUACUCACGGGCGUCGAGACUACCGAUACCACUAUCGGCGAAGUGCCUCCCAGUAAGUCACUGUCAGUCGGGGUUGCCAGUCUCACGGCGGACCUCUCAAACUUGAAUAUGCCGAGAUUCCAAAGCAGCGCCGAGAGUAGCCGCAAAAAAGAGGUGGAACUCGAGAUGCAAUAA